AUGGUUAUUCCCCCUAAAUUUGAAGAUCGUAUUUUAAAUUUUUUGGAAGCAAAACUGAAGUCUUUGCCACAAAAUGCAAAAUAUUGCACAUUAUGUAUAGACGAAAUGGUCCUGAAACGGCACUUAUAUUAUGAUACUAAGAGAGAUGAACUAAUUGGCUUACAUAAUAUUAAUGGUGAAGUCACUAAAGAAGUCGCUUCACUUGGCUGUGUAUUAAUGCUUCGAGGUGUAGUUGAAAAUUGGAAACAACCCAUUGCAUAUUCCUUUUUAGCUUCACCUAAACAUUAUAAAGAACUAGAACCGUGGUUGGAUGAGGUGAUUUUAAAAUUAUUUAGCAUUCGAAUAGAAAUACAGGCAAUCGUUUCAGACCAAGGCUCAAAUUUCGCUAAAUAUGCAAAAGAAGUUAAAAAUAUCACAUCCGAAAAGCCAUAUUUUAUGUUACAAGAUAGAAAAAUUUAUUACAUAUUUGACGUUCCACAUUUGAUAAAAUGUAUCAGAAACAACCUACUUUCAAACGAUUUUAUUUAUAAAGGCAAACUAAUUUCGUGGGAAUACAUAGAAGAAUUAUAUGCUAAACAAAAACAAAAAGACUUAAGAUUGAUUCCUAAGGUGACUGAGAAACAUAUUAAUCCCAACAAUUUUCAAAAAAUGCGAGUAAAGUACGCGGCCCAAAUUUUUAGCCGAUCAGUUUUUGCUGCUAUUAGCGUUCUUGUCAGCAAUCGUAGUUUACCAGAAGACGCUCAAUAUACCGGAGACUUUAUGCAAGAAAUAAAUAACAUAUUCGAUGUCCUAAACUCAAGCAAAGUUUCAUGCCCUAAUAAGUAUCAAAAAGCAUUUUCGAAUAAACAGUAUCAGAUUGGGAUAUUAGAAGAAGCUGUAGCAAUGUUUGAGAAGAUUAUAGCCAUAGAUAAAAAGACAGGAAAAAAUAAGACGAACCAAAUUCAAACGUUUAAAAAUAUACAAAUUACUAUUAAAUCUGUAAUAAUGUUAAGCAGAGAUUUACAGGAAAAGGGGAUAAAAUUCAUAUAUACACGACGUUUAAACCAAGACUGCCUGGAAAACUUCUUCAGAGCUGUCAGACAGCAGGGAGGCAACUGCACAGACCCCACACCUAUCCAGUUCACAAGAGCGUUUUCUAAAUUAUUCCUCAGAAAUAUGUUGCAAAUUUCACGUACUAGUAACUGUCAAGAAGACAUUUGUGACUUGCUCCAAAGGUCGGAUACCACCACUUUUCUUGAACGGCCGAAAUCCGGCCCAGCGCACAAGGCAAGAAUACCUUCAGCAAUUGCCUUAAACGGCGAAACCGACUACCGUUUUGAUAUGCCUGCAAAAAAUGCGUUAACUUAUGUAUCAGGGUAUUUAUUAUAUAAGUGUAGCAAAAAACAUAACUGCACUAGCUUCAAUGCUUUGUUACAGGAGAAACCUAAUGUUAACGAAACAACACUGUAUACUCAUUUCAAAGCCUAUAAUAAAGAUUCAUCUUUUUAUGGUGGGCUAAAAGUCCCACCAGAAACGUUUAAUAAUUAUACUGAAGAAUUAGAAAGAGCAUUCUUAAAUAAUUUUGACAACGUCAUAAUGUAUCGGCCUGGCAGCAGCGUGUUACAAAUUUUAAAAACUAUUGAUUUUCCUCCGAUUUGCUCCUGUUUUCCUCGUGAUUAUUUAUUAAAAUUAUUUACGCGAUUUAGGAUAUUUUCCACGAUAAGAUUUAAUAACCGAGAAUUCAGAGAAGGAAAAAAAUGUAUAAAUCAUUUUAUAAAACUGAAACAUAUUUGA